UAUUUUUUAAAGAUUAAUAUAUAAUAUAACGCACAACGCCUGAACGAACGUCUUCGUGACACUGACAACGGCGAGCGUCGUCCGUAGCGCGCACGGUAGCCAUCGUUGUUUGUCGCGCGUUUUAUUUAUACAUCAACGGGACGGCGGACACGCUACUCGCCGGGGCAUGGUGCUAUAAUUAUCUCACAGUCCGCUGGCAGGUCUGCCCGUUUAAUGAUAGAUAAUUCACCCGGUAAACGCCGACAGUGUACCGCACAGAGCCUGUCAUAAUUUUUGGUAGGUAUCCUGUUGGAGAUCACCAUAGCUGUGUACAGGCGUACAGCUGUAUUAUUGACGGACCAUGGACGCCGAAUCGUUUUUGGAGUUUGCCAGUCAAGUGACCAAAUGGAAGAUGUACCCGUAUUUCGAUGUGGCGCAUAGCGUGCUCUGUGCGCUCCACGUCCGUGACGACCUCGGUCCAGGAGCACUGGCGUUUUCACGCAAGCAUCCCAUUUCCUGUUGGUUGUCUACAAUGCUGGUCGUAUUUGCCGGAGGCAUGCUGAGCGCUAUGCUGCUCGGUGAACCCCCGCUAGCACCACUCAAAAAUACUCAACAACUUGUAAUUGCUUCAGCCGUAUGGUAUCUAGUUUUUUACACGCCAUUUGAUAUUGGAUACAGUAUUGCAAAAUUUCUUCCUGUGAAAUUAGUGUUUUCUGUUAUGAAAGAAAUAUAUCGUUGCAAGAAGGUACAUGAUGGUGUAUUGCAUGCAGCUAAACUCUAUCCCAACGCCUACAUCAUAAUGAUUUUAAUCGGAACCCUUAAAGGAAAUGGUGCUUCGUUUACAAAAAUUAUUGAAAGACUACUACGAGGAGUGUGGACACCCACAUCGAUUGAAACAUUACAACCAAGUUUUACUACUAAAGCAUGCAUUAUAGCAUCAGUGGUGUUUGUACUUGAUAUUAAAAGUGAUUUGAUAUCAGCUCCACAUGCUUUUGUUUAUGUUUUUGUCAUCGGUUUCUUCAUAUACUUCAAGGUAUUUUCUUCAAUGAUUUUGGGUAUACAUGAGCCAAUGUUACCAUUUGAAAACUUGAUAUGUGCUAUAUUCUUUGGAGGUAUAUUUGAUUAUACUACUAAAGCAUUCAAAAAUACCAAAGAUGAUAAAGCAGAUACAAAAAAGAAAGAUUAACCAUCAAUGAAAUUAGGUUAAUGUUUUAAAUGUUCACGGUAUUCACUAUGUGAUGAAUUAUUUUAUAUCUAGUCGAUGCAUUUUUCAUGCACAAAAAUAAAUCAUAUGUUCCCCUAUUGACUAUUAAUUAUAAAAUCAGUUUUUUUUUAAUGUAUUUUUUUUUUUGUUGUAUUUAAUAUUUAUAACUAAAUGUAAUAUUGAUGAAUUAUUAAAAACUUACAGUAUUUUCUAUAUCAAAAUUAUUUUGUAAUUCUCUUGAUAAUAUAUAAUAUAAACAAUAUUUGAUUGAAAUAAUGUUGAGUUAGUUUUGGGUACCUUUUGAACCAUUGUAAUCUUUUUAGUAGAUUAAUUAUAAUUUAUAAUAACAAUUAUGAUCUUUUGAAAUUACAGAUAUAGUUAUGAUAAAACUACAAUAGAAGUUUUGAGAAUUAAUAGUUAUGGUUCUUAAAUAUAAAUAUAACAACCUUACAACCUUAUUCUUAAAUCUUUAAGAUACAAGGAUAUUAUUAUUUAAUUUGUGUAAGUUUGGAAAUUGUACAUGCAUUUAAUAUUUUUUAAUAAUUUGUGCACAUUUAUAUGGUAUAAAAAAAUCUUUAACUGAAACUGUUCUCUUCUUAUACACCAUUAUAUUGUUAGGCAUUUUUCUUAUAAUUUACCUAUAAAAAAACCUUUUAACCAUGAUCAUCUAUUGUAAAUAAUUUUGGUUUUAAUAAACCUUACCUAAUCUAA